CCGGAGGAGCGCCGCGGACUGACGGCUGCGUGGGGAGCCGGUGUGGGCGCAGCGGAGGACUUUCCUAUAAAAGCCGGGAUCCCACGGACGGAGCAGCCUGUCUCUGUGUCCCCGCCGACAGCUGCAGCUCGGAGACACCGUGUCCUCUCUGUCCUACCGGCAGUUCUUACCGUCAGCCUCACCGUCAGUCUAUGGUUCUGACCGACGCUCCAACAAGGAUGUCCCGGACCGACGAGGUGCACCGAAUCACGGAGAAUGUCUACAAGUCCAUCAUGGAGCAGUUCAACCCGUGUCUGCGGAACUUCAUCGCCAUGGGGAAGAGCUACGAGAAGGCGCUCACCAGUGUCACAUACGCUGCAAAGGGCUACUUCGACGCUCUGGUGCGGAUGGGCGAGAUGGCCAGCGAGAGUCAAGGCUCUAAGGAUCUUGAGGAGGCAGCAUGGGAGGUGCUCUUUCAGAUGGCCGAGGUGCACCGGCAGAUCCAGAUCCAGCUUGAAGAGAUGCUCAAGUCAUUUCACAACGAGCUGCUCACAGAGCUGGAGAAGAAGGUGGAGCUGGACGCUCGCUACCUGAACGCUGCUCUCAAAAAGUACCAGAUGGAGCAUAAGAGCAAAGGCGAGAGUCUGGAGAAGUGCCAGGCCGAGCUGAAAAAACUGCGCCGAAAGAGCCAGGGCAGCAAGCACCCAUCCAAGUACGGAGACAAGGAGAUGCAGUAUGUUGAAGCCAUCAGCAACAAGCAGAGCGAGCUGGACAACUACAUCGCCGAGGGCUACAAGAACGCCCUGUCCGAGGAGAGGAGGAGGUACUGCUUCCUGGUGGACCGCCAGUGCGCCGUUGCCAAAAACAGCAGCGUCUACCACGGCAAGGGUAAAGACCUUUUGUCUCAGAAGAUCCCGGUGUGGCAGCAGGUGUGUGCUGAGCCCAACAAGCUGCCGGACCGCGCCAUGUUCCUGGCCCAGCAGAUGAGCGGCGCGGCGGGCGCCAUGGUCCCUGGGGCCCAUCAUCCAGGCCUGCCCAUCUCCGAGCCCAUCCCCGGGGCCAAACCGCUGCCGGUGCCUCCGGAGCUGGCGGCCCUCAGAGCCAGCGGGGCCAUGGGUCAGCAGAGGCUGAUGGGAGGAGUGGAGGCGGGGCUGCCGGUGAUGAACGGCACCACCGGCGCUCACGGAGGCGAGGACUACCAGCAGUGGAUGGAGAGCAAGGUGGCCCAGGGCAAGGCGUCCCCGCAGCCGCCGCGGCACGGAGGGGAGGUCUACUCCAACACCCUGCCGGUCCGCAAGGUCGCCCCCGCCAAGAGCAAGACCACCCUGACGGAGACGCGCACGCUGCCUCGCUCCAGCUCCAUGGCGGCGGGUCUGGAGAGGAACGGGAGGACUCGGGUUCAGGCCAUCUUCUCUCACGCAGCCGGAGACAACAGCACCCUGCUCAGCUUCUACGAGGGUGACGUGGUGACCUUGCUGGUCCCCGAGGCCCGCGACGGCUGGCACUACGGAGAGAACGAGAAGACCAGGAUGCGCGGCUGGUUUCUCUCCUACACCCGCGUCAUCUCUGAAGGCGACAGCAGCUCCAUGCGGCAACUCCGAGUACACAACCUCCACGGGAAGAGCAGCAGCACGGGGAACCUUCUAGAGAGAGAAGACAUGGCUCUGCCCGCCCCGGAUUACGCCGUCCAGACUCGCAUGGCGGCACAGAACGCCGCCGCGCUGCACGGCAGACAACAACGCCCCUACAGCGUGGCGGGGCCCGGCUUCUCACAGCAGGCCGUGGAGGAGUACGAGCCGCGUUUCCCCACAAGUUCCACAGAGGGCAAAUUGAUUUCCACAGUGUGAGGACAGACAGACAGACAGACUCAGCCAGACGAUGCGAUAGGACAGACCCUCCCUCAUCCUUAACCCCGCCUCCCGCCUCCCACUCACGGCAAUAAACUGUCCCUGAGCCAAUCAAAGUGAGGACGUGGCUUUGCUCUGUUUCCUCCCGCUCUUCUCUGAUCUCCUCCUGUCCCGCCCUGUCCCGCCCUGUCCCACCCUGUCCCGUCCCGUCCCAUCCCACCCUGCGCUGUCUAACCGAGCGUCGGCCGGUGGCGCCUCGCUGCAGCUGUUCCCGCCGAACGCUCACAAUCAAAGCGCCGGACUUUUUUUGGGAGGAAAACGUAUCUCUUGCUUGUCUUUCAUGCAUGUACAUUUCUUUUACACACUGCUGGGGGUUAUAUCUCCCCCCCAGAGGACUCUCCAUCACAGUGACCACGUAAAGGAAAAUGUCGAAUCAGGGUGUGAAUUUAAUGAUCCCAAAGAGGAUUUUCAUGUGAAAACGUAACAAUCAAUAUUUUACUGGCUCUUUCAGUAUUAUUUAACCUUUUCAUGCUGUGAGGUUUUGUACUCCUCUGACUGAGAGGUCAUGUAUCACGACACGUGAACAGCUGAUGUAAAUGUUUGGGACGGGAAUGUUUACUGUACAUACAUGUGCCAUACAGAAGUGCUUGUCAGAAACUAUCUAUGAUCAGUUCAUUCAAAUAAAAACCUGCACCUUC